CUGUGAGAUCUACUGCAAACAGUCGUAAAAACAAUACACAGAAUAUACAUAUAGAGCGACAAAAAACUGUCGGGGAGAGAGAAAGAGAGAGAGAGAGGAAACCAAAUUUAAGGACGCCCGAUCUCCCUACUCCGCCGCCAUGAGAAUCAGAAAACACGCCAAGCUCGCCGGCCUCUCGUUAACCGCCACUUCUCCCAGCGGCUUCGCCUCUGAUCUCACACCUCACGGUAGCAGUUAUCGCUCCCACUGUCCUCAUCACAUUUGCCAGCUCAAUCAGUCGCCGUGGGACGUUCUAUCCUUCCCUCCAGAUUCACCUUCUUCUCCUUUCCAAGUGGAUGGAGAAGAGAGUAAUUAUUCUGCUAAUGGAAGCUCAGCAAAUUCCCUCGGAGCCGUCGAGAGUGUGGCGUCCAUGAGAAUAUCUAUGGACAAGGAGGAUAAAAACGUCAACCACAAUAAAAACGGGAUUGGGCUAGGGUUCGGAAAUGGCGGGACGAUUUCGUGCUGUAAAACCGUUGGAAAGGGCUUGAAAUGUAAAAUGGAAGCGUGGAAAGGGCAUUCUCUUUGCCAACACCAUUUGCCUCAUCAGUUGAGAGUUUACGACAGCUUGUCUGCCCACCCUUCUGCAGCUGCAAAGAAAUUGGAGAAGCCCGUCACUGGCCCGAUCCGCCGCCGAGGUCGUCCCAGAAAAGUACAAGUACCGCCCCCUCCCCCUCCCACAGUGGUGAACCCGUACGAAUUUUACUACUAUUCUGGGUUUGGGCCGCGGUGGGGCAGGAAGAGAGGCGUGUCGCAUAUAGCAAAAUCUGAAAGAGUGGAGGAGAUGGAGAAGGAGAUUAAUGUUAGGGAAAGAGUCCCACAUUCCUCCAUAUUACUAUCAUCUUCUGAAAUGGCCAGUGACGAAUUUGAUUGUGUUGAAGACAAGAAGGAGGACGAGGAAAAUAAUGCGAAUGCGAAGAAGAAGAAGAAGAUGAUGAGAAGAGGGAGGAAACCGAUCAAGGCUAGGUCGCUCAAGUCUCUCAUGUGAAGGAAGGAGGAGUGUGCUAGGCUCUGUGUGGAUCUGUUUGUUUUUUGGGAAAAUUAAAAAAAUGUGUUGUUGGUUUUGUGUUUGUUGAAAAAAAAAAAGAAAAAAAGAAAAAAAAAAGAGUACUUUAAUGUUAGGGUAUCCAAAGUUAUUACUAGUAUUUAAUUUGUUACUCCAUUUCGGGAUUAUGUGAGUUUUGUGGUCGGUGAGGAUAAAAUUUCCCCGUGUAGCAUCAUGACACAGUAGAGGAGAUAAGUAGGGUGUGUAUGUGAUGUAGGCCUAAGCUAGUUGUUUCUUAUCUUAUGUUUAAUAUAGUCCCUGUCGUUGUUUAAGUUGAAGGGUAGUUCUGUAAUUUGAACUGUGAUUCAAUAAAUGUGAAGGUGGGGACGAAGGGGGAGAGAGAGAGAGAGAGAGAGAGAGAGAGAGAGAGAGAGAGAGAGGAAUGAUUUGGGCUUUGGGGUUGGUUUCAAUAUGGUAAGUAAAUGUUGCUUUAAGUUUUGGUGUAUGUUAAAGUAUUGGUAGGGUAAAGUUAAUUUUACAUUUAUUUACGUUUGGCUUCUGUAA